GAGAGUCGCACUGAACUUGCAGUUGUGCAAAUUCCCCGAUCUUUUAAUAAUCUGGAUAUAUUUUGGUAGUUGUAUAUAAAUCAAAAUUAUUUGAAGAUCGAAUAAUCUGCUCAGCGCCCGGCUCAGGUCCUCUCGACAACCAGCACUGUCUUGUAAUGUUUACUUCUUUCGUGCUUCGGCGUGUCCUCUCGAGCGCUUGUGUAGCGGACUGAUAGUGUCUGUUUGCUAAAUUAUUUUACACAAACAGUUCAUAGGUUGGGUAGCUUUAUUCAUACGCUUUAUUCACACGAAGGAUGUCCAUCGUGCACAAUCGGUGAAAAUACUCGAUGUGAAUACACCCAGGUAGUUGCAGCCAUAGUCGAGAACGAAGUGCGAGCAAGAUCCUCGUUCAUGAUGGCGAUGUUUCGCAGUUUUGUGUCGGCUACUCAUCAGCUCAGGCAGCAUCAACAAAACGGGGCAGCCGCGGCUGCCACUGGCGAGAGUCUCGAGAGCCAGUUCUCCUGCCCAAUUUGCCUGGAGGUGUAUCAUAAACCUGUCACCAUUGGAAGAUGUGCCCACACGUUUUGUGGGGAGUGUCUGCAGCCCUGUCUCCAGGUCACCUCUCCCCUCUGCCCUCUGUGCCGCAUGCCUUUUGACCCAAAGAAGGUGGACAAGUCCUCCAGUGUGGAGAAACAGCUGUCCAACUACAAGGCCCCCUGUCGGGGCUGCAGCAAGAAGGUGUCUCUGGUCAAAAUGAGGUCACACAUCUCCUCUUGCACAAAGGUCCAGGAACAGAUGGCCAACUGCCCAAAGUUUGUGCCUGUGGUCCCUACUUCACAGCCCAUUCCCAGCAAUGUUCCAAACCGCUCCACCUUUUCAUGCCCGUUCUGUGGAGCCCGCAAUCUGGACCAACAGGAGCUGGUCAAACACUGUAUGGAGAACCACCGCAACGAUCCCAACAAAGUGGUGUGUCCUGUAUGUUCAGCCAUGCCCUGGGGGGACCCCAGCUACAAGAGCUCCAACUUCCUCCAGCACCUCCUCCACCGGCACAAGUUCUCCUACGACACGUUUGUGGACUACAGCAUUGACGAGGAGUCAUCACUGCAGGCAGCCAUGGCCCUGUCCUGUCAAAUCAAAUGUUAAAGUGAGUGACUGUCUGACUCUGUGUUUACAGGACUACAGUAUCGAUGAAGAGGCGGCACUACAGGCAACCCUGGCUCUCUCCAUGGCAGAGAACAGAGUCCUCUGAGUCCCCCAUUCUGCUGUCUGGGGACUCACUUCCAUCCCGACACCCCACUAGCUCUCUUUCUUUCCCUGGAUCCACCCCAUAUCCAGCCCCCUCCACAGCCACCUCACAGGGAGCGUUUGGAAGGACUUGGCCCUGGCCAAGACUCCCACUCUGGGAGAGCUACAGAGAGAUUAUCUCCUAACCCUGUCCCUGAUCCUCUGCCUGGCCCUUCAUCCACUCUGCUCACCUGGUUAACUCGUCCCAUUACAUCAUACUCUCAGCUGGCAGCAGCCCCUUCACUUCCUGUAUACUGGGGAGGAGGGGAGCUUGGCCUCCCAAUAAAUGUUGCAAUUUAAGACCACUGCAAUGUAAACCAGUGAGUACAGCAUGGACAUUGUUGUUAUUCUGCAGUAAGUAUGAAGGUUCCCAAAAGUAAUGAUUUAAGGUAUUUUCUUUUACUCUUUGUUUUUCACUGUUCAAAUGAAACUUUUUCAAACUCCAGGAAAAUGCCAUCACUUGACACACGUUCUGGUAAAAGUACCACAGAUUAGUUCUGUUUAUUCUCAAGUGCAUAGUUUGAUGGCUUUUUGAUUGAGGGACUACAGUUGAAUGGCUUGACCCCAUUCUCAGUGUGAUAAUCUUACCGCUGGGUGACAGUCUAGACAUGACCAGUUGAACACAGAGAGUGAGGACAUUCUUACAUCCCCCAUCACGACAACAACACACUCUUAACAUUUACAACGCGAAUCAAAACAAACUCUCAAACUAUCCCUUUUUGUAUUCAGAGUUCGUGUGAAUACUUGCACUUGUCACAUUUUUCUACAUAAUUGAACUAUAGAUUGUUCUUAUUUCACAGUUGAGAAACAGAAUUGUAGUACUCCAUUCAUUCUUCACUCUGCUGAUAUUUUUAUGAAGCACCAGACAAGAUAAAAAAUAUAUUUUUGGAAAAUGUCCCAGUUUUAAAUGGUGUACUAACAAUAAGAAACGUGUUUAUUGGAGAUGUGUUGGUUGUUUUACUACCCUUUUCUAAGUACCCCUUGGUACUGUACUGCUGGCAUCAGUUGUUAGCAGGAGCUUAGAGCCCAUGUGUAAUACGCUCUCAAACACAAGAGGGCGCCCCAGUCUCAAAAUAAACCUGGCAAUAGUCAUUCAAAGCCAUGUUCUUCAGUCAGUGUUACUCCAAGUCAUCAUGUUUAUACCCAUUCACAGUAUUGUGAAGAAUGCCCAUGUAUGACCUGUUAGGUUUAGUGCCCACUAGGAGAAGUGCAAUAUUAUGACGUGAGUACUGUUGGAUAAGUCUAUCCUUGUGGUUGAGUUGGAGGCUGUCCCAUAAGAGUCCAGUUUUAUGUUAAUUAUUGUCUUGAACACCAAUAUUCCUACAGGCCAUUUAUCUUUCAGGAACCACACUGCUCCAAUCUCAGUGGGGUCUCCCCAAAACCCAUUGGUCAUCAGAGCUGUGAAAAUCUGUUUGUAACAGGCCUGGAAUGUGUACGGCAUAUUGAAUCAUUAUGUUCCAAUGGUUUGUUAAAGACGUCCACUUUCUGAUAGCGCAGUAAUUAUUCAAGUUGGAUUGAAACAGAACUGUUCAGAACAGCUGCAUAUUCAAUCUUAUGAGAUCAAUUUCUCUAACGGCACUUUGCUUCAAAGGGAUACAAUUAUAAAAGUACGUUGCCCCGAAGUAAAUAUCCAAUUAUAAGCCAUGUUUGAGUAGUAGUGUACCCGUUGAGCUAGCAUUGAUCUAUGGAGGUUUAAGAGAAUGCUUAGGUUCACUCUGUUGAAGGAUGCAUUAUGGGAAACUGGUUUGAUUGUUCUUUGUAUAGCAAGCAAUGGAGGAAGAUAUUAUGUUUUGUGAUUAGUUGUUACUAGACUGACUAGUAGAAGUAUAAUGGUCUGUCCAUUUGUGUUUUUCCUUGCUUCCAAGGGGAAUUGUACAUACGGUAGAGAAUGCAACAUUUAGGUUUAGGUCUAACGUUUCACAAGUUCUAUCUUUUUCCCAGAGCAAUGCAUUGAAAUAUUGAACUUUAAUUCUGAAAUAUAUUAUGAAGGGUAGGAAUUUUGUCAUUUUUUUUUCUCUUUUACUUUAAUUCGUUCCAAUGUGUCCAUUUCAUGGUGGAUGAUAAUGUAAGUUCUAACUGUUUUUGUGUAAGAGCAGAGGGAAUGUUUUGUGUAAGAGCAGAGGGAAUGUUUUGUGUAAGAGCAGAGGGAAGGUUUUGUGUAAGAGCAGAGGGAAGGUUUUGUGUAAGAGCAGAGGGAAGGUUUUGUGUAAGAGCAGAGGGAAGGUUUUGUGUAAGAGCAGAGGGAAGGUUUUGUGUAAGAGCAGAGGGAAGGUUAAGUAUGAUCUCAGUCAUAACAUGUUGUUUGGGAGUACUGGGCUGGUAUAAAAUGUAUUUGUUGUGUCAUUAAUAUUUUAUAGAUGGGUAUAGAUUGCAAAAUCAACUGAGAACCAUCCCAGAUGCACAAUAGUGUGGUAAAUCAAAAUGGACUCUCGGCUUAGUCGGAAGUGUUCCUGGAGAUAUUGCAUCCUUAUUUGAAAGACAUCGACAUGUUAUAUUUUCUGUGUUUAAAUGUAAUGUACUGGUUGGUGGCACAGUAUUGACAGCUGUAGCCAUUAGAGAAAAACUGUCGUCACCUUGAGAAGUCCUGAGUUUCUUCUGGGGCACCACGGAAUUGUCACGCAUCUUUAAUUUAAUCAUUUACUCAGCCUUUUUUACUACCUAAUAAUGAUGCUAUUUUAGAAAUGUAAGGUAAAAGGUAUUGUAUGUUUAGAUCAGCGUUCACGUGCACAGCUGUAGCCCAAUGUAGAUUUUGUAUGGAGUAUACCUCAAAUGUAUACUUUUCACUCUUUGUGUACUGUUGCAUCCAUGCAUAAUGCCACUGUACUGUGCAUCAUCAUCCCAAAUGUCCUGCUUGUGGUCAAAACCAGCCCAAUCUCUGUAAAAUAAACUCAAUGUUGCAGGUCACACACUGAUAGACCACCUGCAACAAAGACAUACACCAAAAACCCCAAAAACAGGACGGUGAAAAUGAAAGUAUUUGUAUGAACUUUGUUGGGUCAUUUUUCUCAAGAGGGCCUUACUGAGACUCUGUUCUAAUCUUGGUAAGGCUGACGGGAAAUAGACUGCCAUAUAGACCCAUAUCACAGCAAUCAGAGAAGACAGAGCCUGUGUCUCUGACUGUGUCCCCCCCCAGGACUUGGCUGCCCUGAGAGUGUAUGUAAUGUCACUCAGUAUAGACACAGGCUGAUGUUGUCCUCCCCAGGGGGGUCUGUGCUACAGUCACUUGAAGCAGGAAGUUUCCUUCAGGGCCACUGUACCCUAGAGACCCAACCUGGGGUUUUGGCCCUACUGUCAGGGCCUGUGUGUGUUAAAUGUGAUUUAUGCAUUCUUGAAAAAAAAAAGUAAUAAUACCAGUAAUAACAAUGUGGAUAUUCAAGUUAUAACACUGUUUGAAGUUUAAUAAGAUAUUGUAUUUGUAGCAGAUUUUUCUUUCCCUCAAUAAAAACACUGACCCAUCCCA